UGCUGAUCCGGACACGAAGACAAAACAGAGUUUUCGAGGAACUGAUAAAACUGCGCUCGGAGAUAUAUCGUGAACGUGCCUGAUAACCCCUGAGAGAGUAAUUCGUAGUAGCGUUUUCUCGUCGUUCGGAACUUGUUGGUCGAUAUAGUGAAGGACGGCGAUCAGUUAGAUAUAAUGGUACAUGUGGCGAUGCUUCGAGCCAUACGGUUGCUUCUAUAUCGGAACACCCUGGUCCGGAGAAAACCGACCAGUAUCCACAUUUCCGGCGCGCCCGGACAGCAUCAAUCCCCGUUAUACCCUCUACACACGCAAACAAGCUGAUCAAAUCUACGAGUUGAAGAUUGAUGACUUUGAAACGAUCCGGGGAACGCCUUUGAACAAGAAGAACAAUUUUUACUUCAUCAUCCAUGGGUUCCUUGAUAACGGUGACAAGACUUGGGUUUUGAGAACGAUGAAAGAAUUACUGCUACGGGAGGACUGCAAUGUCGUGAUCGUAAAUUGGCUCGCCGGCGCAGGACCACCCUACACGCAGGCCGUGGCCAACACGCGGCUCGUGGGCGCAAUGACAGCUCGUCUGGCGGCUCAGCUGAUCGAGAUUGGCGAGAUACCGUCUUCGAGGAUGCAUUGCAUCGGACAUAGUCUAGGCGCCCAUACUUGCGGCUACGUCGGCUACACCUUAAGCAAUCAAUAUGGCUAUAAGCUUGGUCGGAUUACAGGUCUCGAUCCGGCGGAACCACACUUCAGCAACACCUCGCCGAUGGUCCGGCUGGACCCAACGGAUGCGACAUUCGUGACAGCCAUUCACACGGAUUGCAAUCCUUUUAUCAGCGGCGGCCUCGGCAUUACGCAACCGGUAGCGCACAUCGAUUUCUAUCCGAACGGUGGCCGCAAUCAGCCUGGCUGUAACGAGGGUGUGCUCAAUUCCAUCACCUUGGAACGCGGCAGUUUCUUUCGAGGAAUCAAAAGAUUUCUGGGAUGCAAUCAUAUCCGCAGUUAUGAGUACUUUAUCGAGAGCAUAAACAGCCCAUGCCCGUUCUUAGCUGUGCCGUGUAACUCUUGGGACAAGUUCCAGGAGGGCAGCUGUUUUGAUUGCAUAAACCAAUACUGUCCCAGAUUCGGACUGGACGCUCAGCCCGGAAACUAUCACGCGGCCGUAUACCUCAUGACCGGACGUGACAAACCGUUUUGCAAAGGCCACUACAAGGUGACGAUAAAUAUCUCCAAGACAGAUGAGAGUUUGUUAUAUGGCGGAGAGGUCGGGAUGUUUGUCGUGCGCGCAAUUGGCUCGAAUGGCAGGAAAACCGAGAAGAUGCAGUUGAGCUCGGCCUCAAAAUACUACGAGCCUGGUAGUACACACACAAUCGUACUACCCGGAGACAUCGUGGGCAAACCAAACUCUGUUGAGAUUACCUGGGAGUAUCAGACUUCGGUCUUCAACCCGCUCACGUGGAGGCUGCUUCACACACCGCGGGCCUACAUUGACUCGUUGACCAUCAAAAAUCUGGAGACUGAUCACGAAAUCACUCUGUGUCCGGAUAAUACAAAAACGCUGAUCGCAAACCAGCCAAAGAUUCUCACCGUGGAAAACUGCCGUAAUGCGGAGCACAACACAAUCUCGACGUAAAGAAUCAAUCUCCACACAUGCCUUCUUUCUCGUAAUCAAGGAUUAGAUCUCGCUGCUUGAAACUGAUAAAUUUUUUGAGGUUUCGACAUUGAAGAUGAAAACGAUCUCUAUACUUAUCCGCGGAAAUUAUAAAAUAAAUUUGUCCGCGUAACAAGAAAGUUCAUCAAAUUACUGAAAUUAUACUGUAGUUUCAAAUUGAUGGUCGCAACGAAAUUGAUGACAAAGGCUGAUGACCCUGCUCGUUAUUGUAAAAUAAUAUUCGUUGACUGUUAUUCGCGUGAAGAAAUUUUGAAAGUUCUAAAGCUUCAUCUGCUUUUGUAAAAAUUGUAGAGAGUAAAAAGAUGUCCUUUUAUUUUACACAAUGUUUCAAUAUCGAUUGAAAGAUCGUUGUAUAAGGUAGAAUUGUAGAAAUAAUCAUUCGGACGACACCUACAAUUUUCACAAAACUUUUUAUAUUUACUUUCAUACGAAUAACAGUUAAUGUCCGGAAACUCUGGCAUUUCCGAUUCAAUUCAAGUUGUUCAUUUUGCAACUGUCAUAGGUGAACAGCCGAUCGCCGAGCGAGGCGAACGCGCGCGAAUCACGCAUAAUAGCGCCGGUUUCCCUCGCAACCAAUGGCAAAGUCACGAUCCUUUCACUGUCAUUAUGUGCCUGAGGUCUCAUUUUCUUUCUCUCUCUUUCCCUCUUUUGCUUCGACAUUUGCUUUCAUGCGAUGCUGUCGUCGUCGUCGCACCGGUAAAUUGCUGACCCCAUAAUUUAUGUUUAUAAGUGCAUCAAUUCCACUUUGUUCGGCCGUGAGAGACUAAUCUAAUGACGAUAAUGGCGUAACUAAUGACACUUGAUGACGCGAUGAAUUUCGAUGUCCCGAAAAGAAGAAAGAGAAAGGAAUUAAACUUUCGAGUGCAAGAAAGAAUGCAUCGUAUUCGCGAAUUCGACGAAGGACGCAAUAAUAUUAUAUAAUGAGUGUUUGUUUGCUCCGUUACAAUGAGCCGUUAUAACAUUCUGGUAAUUUCGCAAUUUCUCUUGCCGCGUAGCGAAUUACGAAACGCAAGAUGGGCGCAAUGCGAUUUUUGUGUGUCCCAAAUGAGUCAUGAAGAGUUUACAAACAGUCCUACAAAUCAGCUAAUUUAACCCCUUCUUUAGAUUUUUUUAGACUUGGAUCUGAUUUUAAUUCUCAGAGAGAGAGAGAGAAAGCAAGAUUUCAUAAUCGAUAGAUUUAGCACAGCGUUUUCCUCAUGAUGUAAGAAGUAAAAUCUGAGGAUUUCUAAGUUAAGCUCAAUGAGCUAAAUUAAUUUAAUGCGAUAUAAGAAUUAUUUAAUUUCUAACUAGCGCAUAUUUAUACAUAAAUAAUUCAUUAUUCGGCAUAUACGAGUAUAUAAAUUCGGAGCGUGAGCGAUUCAAUUAAGACAGUUAUUUUUAAUCGCGAAUGUACAUACAUAAAAAAUACAGUUCUUUAAUAUAA